UCGCAAACAUCUUGAAAAUCCAUUCUCGCAUCAACCGAAACCAUGACCGACCCCUUCCACCCCUACGCUUCCCUCUAUGCUACUCCCAAAGGCCCAGGGGACGCCCGGCCUACCGCCCUUCAGAUCAUUCGUGACGAUGGCCUCCUCAACAGAUGGACCGGCAAGGUCGUACUCGUGACGGGCGCUACGUCUGGCCUUGGUCUCGAAGUAGCGCGCGCCCUCUACACGACGGGGGCAGACGUUUUCAUCACCGCACGAGACAUCAGAAAGGCAGAAGACGUCUUCGAAGACAUCCGCAAGUCAGACCAUGGCAACGGCAAGCUCGAAGUAAUCGCGGUGGAUAUGAACUCGCUUGAAUCAGUGAAGAAGGCCGCGAAGGACUUCUUAGCCAGGUCCGAUCGACUGAACGUGCUCGUGAACAACGCCGGCAUCAUGGCCAUCCCCACAGCCACCACGACCGCCGACGGCUUCGAGCAGCAAUUCGGCGUGAACCAUCUCGCACACUUCACGUUGACAGCCCUCCUCCUCCCCAUACUGCUCCGAAGCAGUACGCCUGCCUUCAACUCGCGUGUCAUAGCCGUCACUUCGUCCGCGCACCGCUACUCCACCAUCCGCUUCGCCGACGUCAACUUGGCGUCGUCCUACGACCCCUGGCUCGCCUAUGGCCAGUCCAAAACGGCCAACAUCUGGAUGGCGACCCACAUCGACCGCAUCUAUGGGCCACGCGGUGUGCACGCCGUCGCCGUGCACCCAGGCGGCGCCUUGACAGCGCUGCACCAGAACGUCCCCGCUGAGAUGAUCGCGGCGUGGGGCGCUGACCCGAAUAUGAUGGCGAGCAUGAUGGCACCAGAUCAGGGGGCUGCGACGACGACGUGGGCGGCGGUAGCGGGGGUUUGGGAGGGGAAGGGGGGGAAGUACCUGAGUGAGUGCGGUGUGGGUGGGCCGGCGAAGGAUUUGGGGUCUGUGCUGGAUCCCGGGUAUGGGCCGUAUGCGUUUGAUCGGGAGGGGGAGGAGAGGUUGUGGGACGUCAGCUGUGAGAUGGCUAGGGUAGAGGUUGAGGGAUAG